AUGGAGGAAGUGAAAGGAUUCAGUGUGGUCCCAGUCGAGUUGGCACAGUCGCAAUGGAACAAAAAGGCCAGACACUACAUGUUUAUCAAGAAGCAUCAGAGCAAUGCGAUGAAAGAGAUGGCUGAACGUUCUCUCUUCAUCGUGAACCCGCCGUUUGCGUGUACGCUGAGCACGAUACGCCAGUUCUUCAAGUCCAUUGCGUCGAACUCGCUGGUGGAGAACUUGUUCAUUAAUGACGAGGACUUGGACUACGACAUCAACUUGACGAGGCUAACGUCGGAUCUGUAUGACGACGAUAAGGAUGGCCAAGGGUCGUUGGUUAGGCUGCCCAAUGGCACGGCCAUAGUGGUGUUUGUCGACAAGAGCGCAUGCUCUCUUGCCAUGUCCAAGCUCAAGAAAUACUGUAAGGGCGAUGAGCUCUACUCUUGGAGAGUGUGUGGUGACGAGACUGCCACCAGCAUAAGGAUGGCCAAGGCGUAUAGAGACAGAGUGCUGUCUCCUGAGGAGACCUCCGCAGAGGUGUCAUUAUCCCUGCAGGAGUUUGAAAAGAGAGAGGCUAAGAGCAUCGAGGAGCUGGGGGAGAUGAAGACGCUGGUAGAUGAGGAUGGGUUCACCAUGGUUGUAGGCAAGAACAGAAAGACCAAGAGAGGUAUCCUGGGUAAGAUGAGUGGUACUUCCAAGGUGAAGGAAAUCGAGGACAAGAAGUUGAAGAGGAAGGAAAAGGCAGACUUCUACAGAUUCCAAAUCAGGGAGAAGAAGAAGUUAGAGAUGAACGAACUGUUGAAGAAGUUCAGAGACGACCAGGAGAGAAUUAAAGAGUUGAAGGAGAAGAAAAGAUUCAGACCUUACUGA